GCUGAAACUCGGCGUACAAUGAGAAACUAAGUAAUACAACCCUAACCCCUACCUCACACCAUCGCCAAGAUUUCGCGGGGCAUUUGCGCAUCUCUCAGAGGAUGCUGCUCACUAAUUAAUUCACUUCACCAACCCUCACAACCAGCUCUCUCAAACCAUGGCCCAGCCAGCGAUAACAGAAGACUCGGUGCGGGCUGCUAUCACCGAGCGGCUCAAGGCGACUCAUGUCGAGAUCCAAGACAUGUCCGGCGGCUGCGGCCAGGCAUUCACGUCGCUCAUCGUGUCGCCCGAGUUCGCCGGCAAGAACUCGCUGAAGCGGCACCGGCUGGUGAACGCGGCGCUCAAGGAGGAGAUCGCCCAAAUACACGCCUGGAGCGCCAAGUGCCAGACGCCAGAGGAGUACGAGAAGGAGAUGGCGGCGACGGGGGGAAAUGAUAAGCCGCCGCUGGACGGGACAGAGGGUGGGAGGGUGGAGGGUGUGAGCGGUUGA